AUGGGAGUGGCGGCGACAGCGUCGAGGGAGAUCAAGGCAGAGAGACUCCGUCGUGCUGUUGAGCCACUAUUCCAGCUUGCCACCCCUCUUGUUGAAGAGAAGGUGGAGAGUACAGGAGCCCCGGUGGUGUUAUCGCCGCUGCAGCUGCGGAUGCCGCUGCAAUUUCUGGAGCCAUUUGAUGUUCCCAUCGUUGCACACUCAAUACGGGAAAUGGAGUUUUACUUCCGUCUACCGCAGCACGAAGAGAGGCCUUCGGCAAGCCCAGAGGAGGUACCUUCACCAUCGGCCGGGAAAUUCUGUAUUUCCUUGGAUGCAGGAGACACACCGGACUGUUUUCUCUGUACGCUCGAGCAGCAGCGGCUUCUUUCAUCCCUUAAUCGUUGGGCGGAGAGGCUUCCGCCCCCUCUGCAAAUGUGUCUGCGUGCUGUCUUUGUCCUACAGCAUCCUCGCGAUGGUGCAACGCGUUCUUGGGAGUGUGAUUUCCACGUGACGCUUUUGUUGCGCAGAGAUUCGGCGCGCUUCGGUGAGCAAAGCCCACUGUGUGGACCCUCGCAACCGGAGGGUACUCUUUCUUUCGAGGAGCAGCAGCUGGUGGAUGCGGUGCUCUCUGCAGCACCCCUGGCGAAGCGUCUUGGUGUUGCGACACUGUGCGAUGAUGGUUCUCUGUGUUGCCUGUACCCACGCCCACGACGUGUGGACUUUACGAUGGCGUCAGAUGCUGCGAGGGCGGAGGUUGUCUCAUGCGCUGCGCUCCACGGUCCUUCUGGGCAGUCCGUGACUGCAGCCCUCCCAUUUAUGCACAGCAGCAUCGCCACGACCCUCGGUGCGCAUGACAUGACUUCCUUGGAGCAGCCAUCGCCGUCUGUGUGGCGCCACGCAAUGGCCAUGGAGGCGGCUGGCUCUCUCUUGCUCACCUUCACCGACACUCUGCAGUAUGGCGGCGGCACCAUCGUGGUGCUUGCUGGUGAUGAAAGCUGUCCUCAACGCGGUGUGGCAGCUUGCCCUCCUUCGAGUGGCGCACGCCUGCUAGGUGAGGCUCUUUCACAGUGGCUUUUCCGUCUACCGAAUGUAUCUCUCGUGCGUGUUGCAAGAAAAAGCGAGCGGGCUGAAGGAAAAAGUCCCUCCGUGGAGAUUGCGGGGGUGACUUCCGAGGCCGAAAUUCCAGCGUUAUGGCUCUGCCUCGUUGACAGUGACGCGGAUGUGGCUGCGGUGGCAGAUAUUGUGGAACACAGCGUUGCGCUCCUGCAGAGAGAGUCGUUGGUGGAACCAAAGCGAGUUGUGCUUGUGCAGCUUGCUGUGGACGGGGAUUUCCAGCUUCUGGCGACUGCCCUCCAAUGUGCCAUGCGCGGAUUGGAAGGGCGUUUUCACCUUCGCGUUGACAGUGGGGCUGUGGACAUUGAUCCAUGGACUGCCGCCGCUGUUGGCUACGCCGUGGUGGAGCUUUCAUCAUCUGCGGUAUCGUGA